AUGAAGGUCGCAUACUCCCUUCUCACCUUCCUUUCAGUGGCUUUUGUAGCCGCUGGUCCAAUACCUGCGAAGCAUGGACCGGUCAUCACGAAGGAUGGCAUCCAGGGACUGACGAUUCCCAACACCAACUUUGCUCGGGGUGAGGUCGUGGCUCUAGAAGAUGCCGAUCUCGUGACCAAGAGAGCAGUCGAUGCCCAGGAUGCGGCAUCAGUCUCACUUGAGGCUCGACACAAGAAGAAGGGCAAAGGUGCCAAGAAAGGGAAAGGUGCCAAAAAGGCUAAAGAUACCAAAGGUGCUGCUGGAAAUGCCACCGCAGCGGCUGCCAACACGACUGCAGCUGCUGUCGGCAAUAUUACAGCCGCCGCCGGCAAUGGAAAAGGCAAGGGGAAAGCAGGUGCAGGUGCAGAGGCCGGCGGUCUCAGCGGUCUUCUAGGCGGCCUACUUGGUCGGAAACGCGAAGUCCGACGGAGUGUGAAUCUGUGGGAGGCAGAGGCCAUGAGGGACGCGGUCGGUCCUUGA